GCUUUCGUCUUCCGCUUCUCGCCUCCUCCAUCUCUCGUUCCUGUACCCCCAUUCUUUCUCAACCGUUUGUGUACAUUGGAUUUGCCCCAUUGCAUCGCACGGACCACGGCGAAUGGGUUUGUGACAUGGUGGGGAGUGUCGUUGCCUUGCAAUCUAGGAGGGGAAAUACCUAAACACUAAAGCGAACUAGAUGAUCCUCGCUACAUUCGCAACAUCAUCCGUGGUCUCCAUCAAGCAUGACCUCAACAACCACCCCCAACAGAGGCCUGGUGGUCUUCUCGGGAGGAAGUGCUGCUAAUAACUUGGUCGAUGUUUUCAGCAGCGUGCGCGAGAGCAAGAGCUGUCUGCUCAGCUACAUUAUCCCCAUCAGCGAUAAUGGAGGUUCAUCCUCGGAGCUGAUCCGAAUCUUUGGCGGCCCUGGGAUUGGCGAUGUGCGAAGUCGUUUGGUCCGGCUCAUCCCCGACUGCCCGCCAAACUCUGAACGGGCCGCAAUCAAGACCAUCUUCAAUCAUCGCCUCCCACCAGAUGCUGCGGCGGCUCUUGCCGAAUGGCAGUCCAUCGUCGAUGGGACAUCCAAUCUAUGGAGAUCGGUCACUCCCGCGAAGAAAGAGCUUAUCCGCUCGUUCUUCAAUCUUCUGAACCUGGAGAUCCUGAAACGCGCCAGACCGCCAUCAUCCACUUUCGACUUCACCUCUGCCAGUGUUGGCAACUUGUUCUUGACCGGCGCUCGCCUUUUCAGUGGCAGUUUUGAGAGCGCAAUUUACCUUCUAGGAAGCAUCUGUGGCGUUCCAUCAGACGUUGUUCGUGUGAUUCCUGCUAUCAACUCCAAUUUCUCACACCACAUCUCCGCUUCUCUGGGCGACGGCACGGUCAUCGUCGGUCAGAAUAGUAUUUCACAUCCUAGCGAGGCUACUGCUCUGCAACCUCGACCAGGGUCCCGGCGGCCUAGUUUAUUACUCGCCGAUGGCGUAGACAUCGAGCCGCCUGAUGUCUCGGACGCAAUCUCCUACGAGGAUGACCACCUGCCCGGAUCCCUACCUACUUUACGCAACAAGAACAUUCAAUUUUCCAAGUCAGAGAACGAGGACCUUCCGUCACGCAUUACCCGCAUCUGGUACAUCAAUCCAUACGGUCAGGAGAUCCGACCCCCGGCCAAUCCGCGCGUGCUCGAAGCCCUGCGCGAUGCGCAGGCAAUCACUUACAGUAUCGGCUCGUUAUACACAUCAAUUAUUCCCUCUCUGAUCCUCCGGGGAGUCGGGCAAGCAAUCGUCACCAGCCCCGCACGCCACAAGAUUCUUAUCUUAAACGGAUCCCUAGAUCGCGAAACAGGCCCGCCCUCCGAGCCCUUCACAGCAAUAGAGUUCGUCGAGGCGAUCACUCGCGCUGGUGAAGAAAGCCGCGGCCACGCGACCCUCCGUCUACCGGACCACCAGCGGCAUCCAUCUUCAAUUCUUGAUCCUAGUCUUCCAUACUCCUCGUACGUCACGCAUAUCCUGCACCUCGACGGCCCUGGAACCCCUCGCGUCGACCGCGAUCGCCUUGCGGACAUGGGCAUCGAAACACUCCGUCUCUACGGUCGGAAGAUCGUUACAACCGGUGCCGAUGGCUCAGAGAUUCCGGUAGGUAUGAAAUAUGAUGCUACGGCGCUUGUGCAGGCCCUGGAAGUUGUUCUAGGAAAGAAAGGUGACGCGAUGCUGCGUGGCGGUGAUGGGAACGGGUUGAGUCGACGGAACACAUUAGAUCCUGGGCAGAAAAGACGUGAAUGAUUGGAUUGUUCAUUUCUUCAUUGAUCUACGAGUUGGAUUAUAUAUCUAAAUAUAGGUGCUUUUAUUUGUUUUUCAAUAGUGUGGUUGUGACUUGUUAGAACUGUGUUAAACGAGCGAGAAACAUAUAAUUAGCUGAGCCGAAGCACCUCAGAAAUACGUU